AUGCGUGUGCUCUUCUGGAACAUUAACGGUGUUACGAAGUUGGAAGCGGGUAUUAAACUACGCGAGUUAGUUAAAGAAUAUAAGCCUGAGGUUUUAUGUAUUGAUGAACCAAAGAUUGCUUAUUCUGAUAAUGUGUUGUUGAGGUUAAAUUUGUCGGUUUUUAAAACUUCUCCUAUUCAUAAUUCUACGGCUGCUCGGGUUGGGAAUUUAUGGAUUCUUUGGCUAGAUGUUUUCAAUGAUCCGAAGGUGAUUAAUUCUACUCGUCAAGAUAUUACUAUUAAGAUUGAUGGGUUUUUUAUUUAUUUUGUCCAUGCUAGUUACAUCCAGGUGACACGCAGGGGACUUUGGCAACAGCUGAAUUUGUUUGAAACUAGGCCGUGGCUAAUUAUUGGUGACUUUAAUUGUGUUCUUCGCAAUGACGAAAAUAAAGGUUGUAAUGAACCAAGGACUUCUUGUAUUAAUGAAUUCUCUGAUUGGAUGGAAGAUAAUAAUCUGUUUGAAGAUGAUUCUUUGGGUAGUCGUCUUACUUGGUUUAACGGCCAAUCCGGUAUCCAUAGAAUUGUAGGUAAAUUGGAUCGUGUUGUUAUUAAUGAUGAUUGGUUAACAAAGUAUAUGAAUUGGCGGUGCAAAGCUCUUCCUAGAGAAGUUUCUGACCAUUCAAUACUUAUUGAAAGUUGGAGUGCUCCGGUUAUUGGUUCACCUGAUUUUAUUUAUCCUUUUAAGCCAAAACGCUUAAAGGAAGCUAUUAAAUUGUGGAAUCAAUCUGUUUUUGGUAAUGUUAAUAAUAGAUUGAAACAAGCUCAACUGCAUAUGGAGGUAGAUUUGAGAAAUUCGGAUGAGGAUCCUUCGGAUGUAGCAAAAUUCAAUCUGGUGAAGGAUGCAACAGUCAGGGAUGAGCUGUUUAAUUAUGAUCACCCGUCUAUAACUGCUGAGGAGCGUGUGUGUUUGGAUUUGGUACCUUCUUUUGAAGAAAUCAAACAAGCCGUGUUUGAUUUGGAUGCGGAUAGUGCUCCUGGCCCUGACGGUUUUUCAGGAUGUUUUUAUAGGCAUUGUUGGGAGAUAAUUCAUCAUGAUUUGGUGAAUGCCAUUAUUUCUUGCUGGCAAUCUGGGGCUAUUCCAAAUGGAAUUAACUCUAGCUUGAUUAUUCUUCUUUCCAAGGAAAGAGGUGCAAACACUCUUCGAAAGUUUAGACCAAUUGGGCUUAGCAAUUUUUUCUUCAAAAUUUUUACUAAAAUCAUUGCAACAAGGUUGGGUAAUGUUUUGGAUAAUUUGGUUUCUGAGGAGCAAGUGGCUUUUAUGAAAGGGAGAAAUAUUCAUGAGAACAUUUGUUUGGCGUCAGAGAUGGUUAAUGAAGUUCACAUUAAAUGUAAGGAUGGGAAUUUUGGCCUUAAACUCGAUAUUUCUCAGGCGUUUGAUACUGUUAGUCGGUCCUUUGUUUUGGAGGUUUUUCGGAGAUAUGGUUCCUCAGAAAACUGGUGUUCUUGGAUUCUUCACAUUCUUCAAUCUGCCCGUAUUUCUAUUUUAUUCAAUGGUAAUCCGGAAGGCUAUUUUAAGAUUAAUAGACGUUUGCGACAAGGGAAUCCUCUUUCUCCUCUGAUUUUUAUUUUGAUAGAAGAUGUCUUAAGUCGGAAUAUCACUAAACUGUUUCAGACUGGAAAAAUGUCUUAUAUGGUUUCGCGUAAAGAUAGAUUUUUGGGAGUUCAAGUCAUGCCUGGUGCUGUUCGUUAUGGGCAUAGCAGUCCUAUUAUUGACAAAAUCAAGGAUCAACUCUCUAUUUACAAAGGUAAAAUUUUAUCCUUUCAAGAUAGAGUGGUGCUUAUUAAAUCUGUGUGCAGUCCAUAUAGUGAAGGGGGCCUUAGUCUUGUGAAGAUGGAAGUUAUGAACAAAGCUUUACUCAUGAAGCUGUGGUGGAACAUUAAAAAUUCUAAUAAGAAAUGGGCUCGUUUUCUUGAAGCCAAAUUCACCACGAGAGAAGAGGUUAUCAAGGAUUAUUAUGUUAAAUCCUCUAUUUUUCCAGGGAUCAAAUGGGUGCAUAAGGAAGUUGAUGCUAAUUCUAAAUCUUUGAUAGGAGAUGGUAGAGCUACUUCCCUAUAUUUCGACAUUUGGUAUGGCAAUGUUUGUAUUGCAGAUGUUAUUGGCGUUGAAGACCUAGACAUGACUGCUAGGGUGAGUGACUUAAUUCAAGAUGGUGCCUGGUUUUUUCCGGACAUCCAUAUGCAGCAGUUGACGCAGGCUGGUGUGGUGUUUGAUAACCUUCCAAGCUUGAGUGGCGGACCUGACAGGAGGGUGUGGAUGCCAGACUUGAAGUGA